AUGUCUUAUUCUUAUCCUAGAAAAGAUCAUGAAAAAAUUGAUAAUAAAGAUACAUCUAUUCAUGUUUCAUCGAGUUAUUCCGACAAUAAAUUACUAUUAUCAACUAACACAUCUGAUUCAUCAUCUCAGGAAAAACAAAUUGCUAAUCAACAUAUUAUAGGAUCGUGUUUUUGGUCAACGUUUAUCUUUUUAAUAAAUUUUAUUUCAUCAAUUCUUGUUAUUAAUUUAUCUAAAUGGAUUUAUGUUAAACAUCAUUUUCCAAAUUUAACAUUGACAACAAUAAAUUUUUUUAUAUCAUUUUUUCUCUUACUUCUUUGUCUACAAGCUAAAUUAUUUACAUAUGUACGUUUACCAAUUCUAAAUAUGAUACCUGUAUCAAUAUGUUUUGGUGGUUUUAUUGCAUUUAGUAAUCUUUCAUUACAAUAUAAUACUGUUGGAACAUAUCAACUUAUUAAAUUACAAGUUACACCAACUGUGAUGCUUAUUAGUUGGUUAUUUUUUAAAGCACAUUACACAAUACCAAUCGUUCUUUCUUUUAUACCAGUUCUUGUUGGAACACUAAUUAGUACUUGUUAUGAUUUACAAUUUAAUAUGUUUGGUCUUUUCUGUGCUCUUAUAUCUAUAUCAUUUACUGCUAUUUAUCAAAUACUUGUUGAACAUUAUCAAAAAGUAUAUAAUUGUGAUGCAUUACAAUUAUUAUUUUAUCAAGCACCACUUUCUGGUUUAUUACUUUUAUUUGUUGUACCAUUUUUUGAACCUAUAAGUAGUUUGAAAAAAUUUAUGAAUUAUGAUACAAUUAUGCUUAUAUUACUUUGUGGUAUUAUUGCUUUUUUUGUUAAUAUUAGUAUUUUUUGGGUUAUUGGUAAUUUAUCUGCUGUUGCUUAUAAUAUGAUUGGACAUUCAAAAACUUUAUUAAUUAUAUUAGUUGGUUCAACUUUGUUUAAUGAAUCAUUUAAUCAGCAGCAAAUAUUUGGAUUAAGUUUUACAAUGUUUGGUGUUUUUAUUUAUUCAUAUUUUAAAUAUAUUAGAAAAAUUACGAAAUAA